GUCUACCAUUUAUUAUGGCCCCGUUCUCUAAUGGCGUUGUGCAAAGCACUUUACCUAUACCACUUUACUUAAUCUUUACCUCAGCUUGGUGAGGCGGGUACCAUUCUUACCUCUGUUGUGUCUGGAAAAGGAGCUGGGCUUUCAGAGGUGAAACAGCCUGCUCAAGAUCUCAGUUAGACCGUAAUGAUGGUCCAUGUCUUACACUGUGACCCAUUUCUCUGUGCAGGUGUGAUGUGUAUGUGUGUGGGGAUUAGGGUGUGACAGAGAGAGAGAAGUCUUACUUAAUACUAUCAUUCAAAAAGUCCUCAAGGCUAACUUUUUAAAUUAAUUAUCCAAGUCAAUGGACAUUUGAUUUUCUGGGCUAGAGGACAAAUCAUUGUCAAGUUCUGUUAAAAACACAAAGAUUAGGGAAUCUGAAAAGGUGGAGAUCGUAGACAAUGGAAGAUGCCUUAUUUUUUCAAAAAAGCUUAUUUGGGUUUGAUCAUCAUUGCUAUCAUGGCCUUUUGGUGUCACCUUCCAAAUCAGCAAUGCCACCUUCUAGUCUUCCUUCUGGUUUUUGCUCGCCAGUGAUCAGUGAUGCGGCAGGCUCUUCCUUCACCCUGAGUGAUGCUCAGGGGCCCAGCAGUUUUGAUCGGCUCUUCCGAAGGUUGCUGCUGGACUACGCCACUCUGGUUUCUCUCUUCCAGCUGCUUCUGCACCCCUUCUUUGAAUUCAGAUGCAGGAGGCUCAGAACAGUUGGAAAGAACUUUGGAAUAUGGCACAAUUCACCAGCAGCCAUUGGAGGGACGGACCAGCAGGUCACGGAAACCUCCGAAACCAGAACACAGAAAUAGUCACAAUAAAGACAAGAGGAAAAGGAGAACAAGAAACUGGGGAGAAAGGAGUAGCCUGGCUGUUGAUGUGGCAUUAUUAAAAAGCAGCUUGGCAACAAAGGCGCUUUCUGCCUAUGGGAACAAGACGGGCAGCACAGGGGAGAAGAGGAGCCGCAGAAGAACAAAACGUUUUUUAUCCUAUCCACGGUUUGUAGAAGUGAUGGUGGUGGCAGACAACAGAAUGGUUUUAUACCAUGGAGCAAACCUUCAACACUAUAUUUUAACUUUAAUGUCAAUUGUAGCCUCUAUCUAUAAAGACCCAAGUAUUGGAAAUUUAAUUAAUAUUGUUAUUGUGAACUUAGUUGUGAUUCAUAAUGAACAGGAAGGACCUUCCAUAUCUUUUAAUGCCCAGACAACAUUAAAAAACUUUUGCCAGUGGCAGCAUUCAAAGAACUAUCCAGGUGGAGUCCAGCAUGACACUGCUGUUCUUGUAACAAGGCAGGAUAUCUGCAGAGCCCAUGACAAAUGUGACACCCUAGGUCUUGCUGAACUGGGAACCAUUUGUGAUCCCUACAGAAGCUGUUCUAUUAGUGAAGACAGUGGAUUGAGUACGGCUUUUACAAUAGCUCAUGAACUGGGCCAUGUGUUUAACAUGCCUCAUGAUGACAACAAUAAAUGCAAAGAAGAAGGAGUAAAGAGUCCCCAGCAUGUUAUGGCUCCAACAUUGAACUUCUACACCAACCCCUGGAUGUGGUCAAAAUGUAGUCGAAAAUAUAUCACUGAAUUUUUAGACACUGGUUACGGCGAGUGUUUGCUCAACGAACCUGAGUCCAGACCCUACCCCUUGCCUCCACAACUGCCAGGCCUCCUUUACAACGUGAAUAAGCAAUGUGAAUUGAUUUUUGGACCAGGUUCUCAGGUGUGCCCUUAUAUGAUGCAGUGUAGACGGCUCUGGUGCAAUAACGUGGAUGGAGCGCACAAAGGCUGCCGGACUCAGCACACGCCCUGGGCUGAUGGGACAGAGUGUGAGCCCGGAAAGCACUGCAAGUUUGGAUUUUGUGUUCCCAAAGAAAUGGAGGUCCCCGUGACUGAUGGAUCCUGGGGAAGUUGGAGCCAUUUUGGAACCUGUUCAAGAACGUGUGGAGGGGGCAUCAGAACAGCUGUUCGAGAGUGCAACAGGCCCGAGCCGAAAAAUGGUGGAAAGUACUGUGUAGGGCGUAGAAUGAAAUUUAAGUCCUGCAACACAGAGCCAUGUCUCAAGCAGAAGAGGGACUUCCGGGAUGAACAGUGUGCUCACUUCGACGGGAAGCAUUUUAACAUCAAUGGUCUGCUUCCAAAUGUGCGCUGGGUCCCUAAGUACAGUGGAAUCUUGAUGAAGGACCGGUGCAAGCUGUUCUGCAGGGUGGCAGGGAACACGGCCUACUAUCAGCUCCGAGACAGAGUGGUAGAUGGAACUCCCUGUGGCCAGGACACCAACGAUAUCUGUGUCCAAGGCCUUUGCCGGCAAGCUGGAUGCGAUCAUGUUUUAAACUCAAAAGCCCGGAGAGAUAAAUGUGGAGUUUGUGGUGGUGAUAAUUCUUCAUGCAAAACAGUGGCCGGAACAUUUAAUACAGUGCAUUAUGGUUACAAUACUGUGGUCCAAAUUCCAGCUGGUGCUACUAAUAUCGAUGUGCGGCAGCACAGUUUCUCAGGGAAAUCAGAGGAUGAUAACUACUUAGCUUUAUCAAGCAGUAAAGGUGAAUUCUUGCUAAAUGGAGACUUCGUUGUCACCAUGUCCAAAAGGGAAAUCCGUGUCGGGAAUGCCGUGAUAGAGUACAGCGGGUCUGACAAUGCCGUGGAAAGGAUCAACUCCACAGACCGCAUCGACCAAGAGCUUUUGCUUCAGGUGUUGUCUGUGGGAAAGCUAUACAACCCUGACGUGCGCUAUUCUUUCAAUAUUCCGAUUGAAGACAAACCUCAGCAGUUUUACUGGAACAGUCACGGGCCCUGGCAAGCAUGCAGCAAACCCUGCCGAGGGGAGCGGAAGCGAAAACCUGUUUGCACCAGGGAAUCUGAUCAGCUUAUAGUUUCCGAUCAAAGAUGUGAUGGGCUGCCCCAGCCAGGAUCUGUUACUGAGCCCUGCGGCACAGACUGUGACCUGAGGUGGCAUGUUGCCAGCAGGAGUGAAUGCAGCGCCCAGUGUGGCUUGGGUUACCGCACACUAGACAUCUACUGUGUCAAAUAUAGCAGGCUAGAUGGGAAGACCGAGAAGGUUGAUGACAGUUUCUGCAGCGGUGACCCCAAGCCAAGUAACCAGGAAAAAUGCUCAGGAGAAUGUAACACUGGUGGCUGGCGCUACUCUGAUUGGACUGAUUGUUCUAAAAGCUGCGAUGGUGGGACCCAGAGGAGAAGGGCUGUUUGUGUCAAUACCCGGAACGAUGUCCUGGAUGACACCAAAUGCACACAUCAGGAGAAAGUCACCAUUCAAAGGUGUAAUGAGUUUCCUUGUCCACAGUGGGAAUCAGGAGAUUGGUCCGAGUGCUUGGUCACCUGCGGGAAUGGGCAUAAGCACCGUCAGGUCUGGUGUCAGUUUGGUGAAGAUCGAUUAAAUGAUCGAAUCUGUGACCCUGAGACCAAGCCAGCCUCCAUGCAGACCUGUCAGCAGCCAGAAUGUGCGUCCUGGCAGGCGGGUCCCUGGGGACAGUGCAGUGUCACUUGUGGACAGGGAUACCAGCUAAGAGCAGUGAAAUGCAUCUUUGGGACUUACAUGUCUGUGGUAGAUGACAGUGACUGCAAUGCAGCCACUAGACCAACUGACACCCAGGACUGUGAGUCACCGUCUUGUCACCCUCCGGCAGUGGCCCCAGAGGCGAGGAGAAGCACACACGGUGCACCCAGAACCCAGUGGCGGUUUGGAUCUUGGACACCAUGCUCAGCCACCUGUGGGAAAGGUACCCGGAUGCGAUACGUCAGCUGCCGGGACGAGGACGGCUCUGUGGCUGACGAGAGCGCCUGUGCAGCCCUGCCUAGACCAGUGGCAAAGGAGGAAUGUUCUGUGCCUCCCUGUGGGCAGUGGAAGGUUUUGGACUGGAGCCCUUGCUCCGUGACGUGUGGACAGGGUAGGGCGACUCGGCAAGUGGUGUGUGUCAAUUACAGUGACCACGUGAUCGACCCGAGUGAGUGCGACCCAGACUAUGUCCCAGAAACUGACCAGGAGUGUUCCAUGUCCCCGUGCCCUCGGCGGACGCCAGACAGAGGCCUCGCUGAGCAUCCUUUCCAAAACGAGGAUUAUCGUCCCAGGAGCGGUGGCCCGAGCCGCACCCACGUGCUCGGUGGGAACCAGUGGAGGACCGGCCCCUGGGGAGCGUGUUCCAGUACCUGUGCUGGUGGGUCCCAGCGGCGUGUUGUUGUGUGUCAGGAUGAGAACGGAUACACCGCAAACGACUGCGUGGAGAGAAUAAAACCUGAUGAGCAGAGAGCCUGCGAAUCUGGCCCUUGCCCUCAAUGGGCUUAUGGCAGCUGGGGAGAGUGUACUAAGCUGUGUGGUGGAGGCCUGCGGACGAGACUGGUGGUGUGUCAGCGGCCCAGUGGUGAACGGUUCCCAGAUUUGAGCUGCGAAGUUCUUGAUAAGCCUCCAGAUCGUGAGCAGUGUAACACACAUGCUUGUCCUCCGGACGCUGCGUGGAGUACUGGCCCUUGGAGUUCGUGUUCUGUCUCUUGUGGUCGAGGGCAUAAACAACGAAAUGUUUACUGCAUGGCAAAAGAUGGAAGCCAUUUAGGAAGUGAUUACUGUAAACACCUUGCUAAGCCAAAUGGGCACAGAAAGUGCCGAGGAGGAAGAUGCCCCAAAUGGAAGGCUGGCGCCUGGAGUCAGUGUUCUGUGUCCUGUGGCCGGGGCGUGCGCCGGAGAAGUGUGGCCUGUCAGGUGGGAACGCACAAAGUGGCCAGAGAGACGGAGUGCAACCCGCACACCAGACCAGAGUCGGAGCGCGCCUGCCAAGCCCCGCUGUGUCCUCUCUACUCUUGGAGGGCAGAGGAAUGGCAAGAAUGCUCCAGGACCUGCGGUGAAGGCUCCAGGUACCGCAAGGUGCUGUGUGUGGAUAAGGAUGAAGGCGGCGAGGUGCACGGCAUGCUCUGCGACAUGAGCAGGCGGCCUGUGGACCGCGAGAGCUGUAGUUUGCAACCCUGCGAGUAUGUCUGGAUCACAGGAGAAUGGUCAGAGUGCUCAGUGACCUGUGGAAAGGGCUACAAACAAAGGCUGGUCUCCUGCAGCGAGAUUUACACGGGAAAGGAGAAUUACGAGUAUAGCUACCAGUCCACCAUCAAUUGCCCGGGCACCCAGCCGCCCGGCGUCCAGCCCUGCUACCUGAGGGGCUGCCCCAUCUCAGCCACCUGGAGAGUCGGCAACUGGGGGAGUUGCUCUGUGCCCUGUGGCGUCGGAGUGAUGCACAGAUCCGUGCAGUGUUUAACCAACGAGGACCAGCCCAGCCACUUAUGCCCCACUGAUUUAAAGCCAGAAGAAAGAAAAGCCUGCCACAAUAUCUAUAACUGUGAGUUACCCAGGAACUGCAAGGAGGUAAAACGACUGAAAGGUGCCCGUGAAGAUGGCGAGUAUUUCCUGAUCAUCAAAGGGAAGCUCCUGAAGAUAUUCUGUGCAGGGAUGCAGUCUGACCACCCCAAAGAGUACAUGACGCUGGUCCAUGGCGACUCUGAGAAUUUCUCUGAGGUUUACGGGCACAGGCUGCACAACCCAACCGAGUGUCCCUACAAUGGGAGCCGACGUGAUGACUGCCAGUGUCGGAAGGACUAUACAGCAGCGGGCUUCUCCAGCUUCCAGAAAAUCAGAAUAGACCUUACCACCAUGCAGAUAAUAACCACUGACCUACAGUUUGCGAGGACAAACGAGGGGCAUCCUGUCCCUUUCGCCACUGCUGGGGACUGCUACAGCGCUGCCAAGUGCCCACAGGGUCGUUUUAGUAUCAACCUUUAUGGAACCGGCCUGUCUUUAACUGAAUCUGCCAGGUGGAUAUCACAGGGGAAUUACGCCGUCUCAGACAUUAAGAAGUCUCCGGAUGGUACCCGAGUCAUUGGGAAAUGUGGUGGUUACUGUGGGAAAUGUACUCCAUCCUCUGGAACUGGCCUGGAGGUUCGAGUUCUAUAGUUAAGGUGCUCUGAAGAGGAAGCCAUUAUGGGAUGGAUGAAGGAUAGUAAUGCAAUACCUCCACCUUAAAUUUGUGUGUGUGUGUGUGUGUGUGUAUGUGUGUGUGUGUGAGGACCUUUAUGCUUGUGUGUGUAUGUGUGUGUGUGUGUGUGUACAUAUACAUGCACACGCACACAUAUAUUCAUGUAUAUAUAUGUGUGCGUGUGUGUGUAUAUAUGUGGAAUAUCCUAAUGAUGUAUAGUUUAAUAUUUAUGUUUGGAAUUAUUUAUUGUGAUGUAAUAUUUUUGUACGUAAAAUGAUUCUAUUGUGACUGCCAUUUUCAUUAUUUUGUCCCUUGCAGUCAGACCACUGCAUUUUACGUACUCUACAUUAUAUGUAGUACUAUGACAAAAGUGAUCCUUCAUUAUCACGGUACACUAUUGUUUACUUUCUAUCUGUAAAUGUUUCAUUGUUACCUUUUUAAAAAUUGUGAUUUGUUUUUUAAAACAACCUAGCUGCCAUCAAGGUGCUACAGGAGUUGUGUAAGAGUAUUUUGGCGUUUUUAGGAAAGUAUCAUUAGCCAAUAAGUAAUUUAGUGACGUCACAGAUUAUAUCAGCUAUUAAUUAAGUUAAGUAUCUACUCAGUCUUAUGUGAUCUCUGGGAAAAACUGCCUUGGUGCCUUGGUGCUAAUAUUGUAUGUAUUUAAGUGAUCAUCAGACUCAGAAGUUGUAAACAGUUUUAAUAGAAGAGAGGAGCAGAAGGACAGUUUCCAGUGGACAGAAUCACGUGGGCAAAAUAAGACCAGCUGUCUACCCUUAUUUUUGGACAUGCCUAUUUUAGAACAGUUGGACUCUUUUCUUCUUAUUGUUCUUGUUAGCAGUGCUUUGCUUCAGUUCAUGGUGCCUUGGUCUCUUUGCGGUGAAUUGGACAGUCUCUUCAACCAGCUUCAUUGCAGAGUGAUAUUGAUAAAGUGAGAUCCUCUCAGUAUUUUGCCAAAAUAUUCUAAAAUGGUGUCCAAGUUUACCUGUUAAGACAGAGGAUGCACAGGAUGGGGGUGACCUUCAGCACCCCAGCACACCUGGAGAAGUUGUGAAGCAGUUUUCAAUCAUCCAAAGUGCCUUUUGCAUGAAAACAUUGCUCAGUGACCCGACUUGUCUUCAGGCCAUCGAGCCUCACACCCUGGCAGUGUUGAUGCCUGCUGCAGUAAUUUGCAUUUGUGAGAAGAAAUGAACUGUGGAGUAUGCGACACCGUGGUCUCUGCCCUUCCAACCUGAUUGAAGGGAAGCCAUCAACAAUGGCCUGUGGUGGACACUCGGUUUGAGAAAACCCUGCCCACUCCCCAACCCCAGGAGAUUAGGGAAAACCUGGCAGUAUUCUCCAACUCCAAACAAACUCAAGAGUGUUCUAAGAGAAACUGUACUCAGUGUAUGGAUAAGUGUUAUUCUACAUUAUUAAUACAUUGUGAAAAUAUACUAUGAAUAAAUACCAUGACCACAUCCAAACAU